CUCCCUAAUUAAACACAUGCUAAAACCUCCUCACGCCCAAACUCCUUCGGCCGCUUCUUACGCGUCGCGCGCGUACCACCUGCGCGCGCCGCCUCGCCAUUCCUACUCCUCGUUGCGCGCGGUAACCCGCGCGCUUACCCCCCACGCGGCGUCCUUUGCGCGCGCGCGCCAUCCGCCGACUCCACCAUGCGCGUGUGUGCCCAGCGCCCUAGCGUCGCCUAAUCCUCCCAUGUCUAGGGCACCACCCGCGUCAUCCCACUCGCGUGCUUCCGCGCACGCCCCGCACCUGCCGACCUUUUCGCGCGUGUUGUGUCGCGCGCCCGCGCCCGUGCAUGCGCGCCCUUGGCGCCUGAUCCUUUCCCCGCAUGAACCCCGCACGUCCCUGUUACCAUCCCAGUCCAGACCGCCUACGGCGUUCCCGCGUUCACCCGCGCACCCGUCCAUCUUGCGCCCGCGUUCUCCCCGCCGAACCCGCGUGCGCGGCCUGUUCGCCCACUCGUGCGCAUCAAACGGGGGUGUACGUGACUACCAAAAAGAGUUCGAGAGAUUGGCGUGCCGGGUUCGCGGGUGGCCGGAGAGCGUGCUUGUUGGCGCGUUUGCUGGAGGGCUUAGGUAUGAUCUCGCGGCUGAAGUGCGAUUGGAGAGGACGGAGACCAUGCAUAAGGCCAUGGAAGUUGCUAGGAGACGGGAGGAUCACUUGGCCGUGACUCGAAGGGGACGGGCGGAUUUUCGUGUCCCGGAGCCGCGGCGUGUGCCGGCGACCGUGGGCGCACCUAGUGCGAACGCGAGGCCGCCGGGCACCUUUAGGCCACCGGCAACCGAGGUGAAGAGGUUGACGGAGGAGGAGAUGUCGCGGAGACGUGAGAAGAGGCUGUGUUUCCGGUGCGAAGAAAAGUACACGCCGGGACAUCGGUGCAAGCAAAAUUACUUGAUCGAGUUCGUGGACUCGGAUGACGAAGAGCCGGUGAUCGAGGAAGAAAGGGAGGUCGAGGUGCUCAAUGACGAGGUCGAGAUCUCAAUCCAUGCGAUGGCGGGCACUAAAGGCCCGAGGACUAUGAAGUUACCGGCAUGGUUGAAGGAUCGGCGGGUUACGGUACUCGUGGACAAUGGGUCGUCGCAUAAUUUCAUUAAUGCGACUCUCUCGCACAAACUCAAGUUGCCCAUGACCACGAUUGAGCCGUUCGAGGUUAGGGUGGCGAAUGGCGAGCGCUUGCGGUGCUCGAAGAUGUACCGGGGCGUGCCGAUCAAGUUUCAAGGAGUGAUGGUAAAGGCGGAUUUGUUUGCCUUACCUUUGGUGGGACCGGAUGUGGUGCUUGGGGUGCAGUGGCUCGAGGGACUAGGAGAUGUGACGACUAAUUACCGGAAAGGUGUGAUGAAGUUCGAGGCCGGUGAUCAGCUCGUUACCUUGAAGGCUAGUGAGGGAGCAACCAAGGGGGUUGGUCUGAAAAACAUCGAGAAG